AUGUAUAAGGUUAUAUUCGAAAGUGCCGAAAAGUUGCAGUGUAUAAGCAUCACAAUGUCUGAGAAGAAGAGAAUUCUGGUUCUUGGGAGCGGAAUGGUGGCACCUCCCUGCAUUGAGUAUCUUACUCGCAGCCCUCAAAACGAAGUCGCUGUUGGUGAGACGAUUCCUUCGCUUUCUUCCUGCGCUCCAAUGAGGCUGAUUCAAAACUGCUGUCUAGCCUGCCGAACCCUUUCUAGUGCACAGAGGGAGAGCUAUCUGCUGAUCUAG